CUCUAAUCUUAUUCUUGUUCUCCCAACCACAUUUACAUAAACAAUCUUAUCUUAAACUCCACACACUAUAUAUACCUAUUAGCACACUUCUUGUUUGUUUCUCCCCUCCUUUCCCUUCUAAACACACCCAAAUCAAGAAUUAAGUAGGGUUUAAGCGUUGCUAACAUCCCCGGCAGAUUAGCACUGUGCUGUCCCAUCAAACUAGUCCGUGCCUCGGGCUGCGUGACUCGAUUUUAGGGUUUAAAACAAGUGCAUCAGUAAUAACAAGACUGGACCAUAGUGCAGGGAGUAAUAGAGGAAGAACAUGAAGCUGUCGGCUAUUUUGUAGAGUAAGUCUUUCAUUGUCUUCUUUCUUCAUCUCAUUCCACUCCCUCACCAACUAAAUAUUUAUCAUUCUUGAGAGAUUGCUGUGUUUUCUCACCUCUUUUGAUGCCUAACAGGAGACAUAGUUUCUUCCUAAUCUCUCCUCACUUAAACAAAUCUAUCUUCAUAGUUUAAUUAUAUUUAUGUAAUCUCUUUGAUUCCUCCUUUUAAUCCUCUUUUGUUAGUAUUUAUUUUGGUGGUUGUGCCCACAGUUCCAAUAAAGGGAACCCAUUUGUUUUCUUGCUUCAUCAACUUUGAGAUAUUCUUUCGGUUCCAUAUUUUUAUUAGGGUUCUAAUCACCUUGUUAAGCACUUAAUUAACUUGCAUUUCAAGAAUGGAGGUGUUGUUUAGGCUGAUGGGUUGGUGGGUUUAGCACUUUCAUUGUCCACAUCAUUAGAUGAUGACAGUCUAAAAAAGACUACUCCAACGUUAAUUAGCGUGUUAUUAGUCACUAAUCCUUUGUUAGAUUCCAUUUAGCUGUCCUCUCUAUAGUUUGAUUGUGAGAUAUUAGCUGAUAAUUAAUGGAGGGACUGCAAAGUUCUCUAGAUUUUACGAGUAAUUCGACUCAACCUAAUCAAGAUUCUUCAGCUCCCAAGCUACCCUCAGGCCAGACCCUAGAUCAGUUCCGCCAAUUUUAUGUUCAUCAGCACCAGAGACCCGAGCCAACCCAACCAGACCCGGAUCCGGACACGAUUCCAGAUCCAGAUCCACCUCAAUUAGGUGCAGCCACAAGUGGUGCACCAAACUCAAGCACACCACCAGCUCAGCUGCCAAGGCAGGAGCCUGAAGUGGCCUCACCGGUUCGAUGUCAGUAUCGAGAAUGCCUUAAGAAUCACGCGGCCAGCAUCGGAGGCCAUGUGGUGGAUGGGUGCGGAGAGUUCAUGCCUAGCGGAGAGGAAGGCACACCAGAAGCUUUUAAAUGUGCAGCUUGUGAGUGUCAUCGCAAUUUUCAUAGGAGAGAGGCCGAAGGAGGCGAAUCGCGACAAUUUGCUACUCCAAAUGUAUACUACCCUCAUAACCCUAAUGGCAUAAAUAUAAAUAGCUUGAGAAAUGCGAAUCAUCAGAGCCAAAUUCUUCCAACUCGUCAUCAGCACCGCCAUUUCCCUAAUCACUUCUCGCAUAGUUUGGCUAGUCCUACUGGACCUGUGAUGAUGGCCUUUGGCGGUAGAGGCCCGGAGGAGUCUUCGAGUGAGGACCUCAACAUGUUUCAGUCCCCCGGGGGAGGCCAGCAUAUGGGAUUACCCUCUUCAUAUUCGGGAUCUAAGAAGAGGUUUAGGACGAAAUUUACUAAAGAACAGAAAGAUAGAAUGCAUGAAGUUGCGGAAAAAAUGGGGUGGAAGAUUCAGAAGCAAGACGACGAGGAGGUUCAGCAGUUGUGCCAAGAGUUGGGGGUGAAGAGACAAGUGUUUAAGGUUUGGAUGCACAACAACAAACAAGCCAUGAAGAAGAAACAAGAUCAAUGAAGUUAGUUCUGAAGUCUGGCCAUUUGAGGUAUUACUUGUAAGUGCAUUUUGCUGAAAAGAGUAAUUGUACCACAAACUAAUUAGGCAUUCAUGUUAUGUUUUACAAUUAGAAUUAGCUAAUACUAGGUAUUAUUAAGGUGUUAAUAAAUUACACAUUGAAUC